AUGGCCCUUGUCUGUAUGUUCCCAGAGAAAGGCGGAGUCAGUGGUUCUCAUCGGGAAAUUACUGGAAGUGACGAAGGCUUAUGGCAAAUGGCCAACAACAAAUCACGGGAGCUUGACUGGUCGGACGAGAUACAAGGAAUGGUUUUGUCCGCGCACUAUUACGGUUACUUGAUGUCACCCAUGUUUGGAGGCUAUCUAGCCACACGGUACGGGGGCAAGCAGGUCAUUGUCGUCUCCAUGACUACAACAGUGGUCGCCACACUCCUCACACCAGUCUCUGCCCUUUACAGUCCAUAUGCAGUGAUUGCCCUUCGAUUUCUGAUCGGUUUGAGCACGGGCCCAGUCUCUCCGGCAAUGCAAGAGAUCCUGAACAAAUGGGCCCCAGUUAGUGAUAAAGUUAAACUUAUAUCCUACUCUUGGGCAGGUGACCCAGCCGCCAUGGAAACAAGUGGUGACGUCACUUCCGUUAAUGGCAUGCUUGUUUUGCCAGUUUGUGAACGCCACGAACCAGAUAGUGGCUGGAACGACUUUACCGUUGUACAUGAGGGACGUGCUGGCUUACCAUGUCGAACAGAACGGACUGUUUUCCGCUUUACCUCCGAUUGGAAGGUUUACAGGGAUGCUCAUCUUCGGUUACCUCUCCGACUAUAUGGGCCAAAAACAGGUGUUUUCCCCGACCAUCACAAGAAAGAUAUUUUUGGCAGUAGGUAUGCCAGUGUACUAGUGGGUGCUCUGUUGACAGUAAGUGGCAUCGCGGGAAUUCUUGUUCCUUUAGGGGUAACAGUUCUCACAGCAGACGGCACUCGAGAACAAUGGCAGCUGAUAUUUAUCAUAUGCACUGUCUUAUGCGUGGUAGCUACGCUGAUAUUCAGUCUGCUCGGAAGUGCUGAAGAACAAAACUGGGCCAAAUAUCAACCUUUGGAAAUGGAAGUGGAGGGAGACACUGGAAGUACUAGACGAACACAUUGAACUGGUUCUUCAGCUGGUCCACCAGGAUUCAUUAACCAAUGCGUGCUGAUUCGAAAGAUCGGCUAUUAAGUGAGAUCGGAAUAAAGAAGGGGGUGUGUUAUUUUGAAGAAUUUUUAUUAAACAUCUUCGAAUCUGUUGCAUAUAUCAAGGAAACUGUCUGGCGUAAAGCGCAACGAACCAACUAGAGUAAAACCUUUACGCGCAACCCAUCUGCCAGGGUCUCCUUUCAAACCGGGGUAUACCUCUAUAAU